ACGCAAGGCUCAAUCAGCCCCGUCCGUGGUGACUGAACUAGGGUUUGGUGGAAGCAUAGAAAUAUUUUCUAACAGAAUAGGAUUAGUUCGAACGUAAUAGAUUUUGACAGGGGAAAAUAUUGAACUAUUGAUAAUCAGAAAUUAAAAUCAUUUAAGGUAUUCUAUAUUUAAUAAGAGAAUGGGGUUAUAUAUGGGAAAUAAAUUUACAGUGAACAGUAGUGGGUUAACUCAGAACAGAACAGGUCGUUCAAAAUAAAAAUAAGUAGUUACUUCUAGAAUUACCUCUGUUUAACCGUCAAUUAUCUAAUAGAAUAGUUACUAAACUAAUUGGGUUGCAUUAUUGCGUAAAACAUGUUAAAGCCAUAACAUGGAUUGAUAGGUAAACUUGAUUUAGCAUGAUAGUCAUAGAAAUGGAACAUGCUACUAGUUGGAGUUGGAAUGAACAGACAAGAUGGACGACGGAUGGAAAACCGGGGUUGAAAUGCAAUGUGACUGAUCCCCUCGAGAUUGCAGUCCUCAACUGGGCACCAGCCCGUGUUUCUAUAUGUAUAUAUAUAAAUGUAUGCAAUGAUGCUCUAAAAAUCGUUUGUUGUCCACAGGUUGGUGAUUUUUAGUAGCCAUUUCAGAAAAGCAUUUAACAUCUACGAAGAAGAAACAUCGUGUCGUGACCUAUUUUUAUCAUUGGCAUUGGCCUUUCUUCCUUUACAGUUCAUUUUAACAGUACCAUUGCAGGUAGGCGGAUAAGACCGCUUUUAGUGUAUUUUAUCUUCACAUUUUAUUAUUAACACUUUUUCUCCCUUAGGAGAAAAAGUAAAUGUUUUGAAAAUAUGCUGUUACUGAAUUCUGACCACCAAUGUCCGAAUCCUACGAUUCGGAUAGCCUUUGACCUCGUAAAGUCAUGUGAUACAUGAGUAUUGAAGUCUUAAAAAUUUUAUUAUAUUUAGAUAUGCCCUGCCUCUGUUCAUCCCAACCUAAGCCUAAGGAGAGCUAUCCCCACUCAUAAUUAUUGAAAACAAAUGAGAUAUUUAAGCUUAUUAUUAAUUUGAUAUUAGUGAAAUACGGCAUAUAAUUAUUUUUUUAUGGCAAAUUACAGUAAUUUAUAUAUUAUAUAGAUUAUACACCAUAUUGUCCAUAUUCAUACAUUUAGUAUUUAUUAGAUGAAUCUUAAAUAAUAAAAUAAGCUUACUCAUUUAUAGGCUAAAAAUAAUAAUAAUACUGUUCUGUGAGUGUUCUUGUUCUUUUAAAUAUUACAAGUCUCAUAUUUAUAGCCAGAAUAACAAUAAAUUCUAUUUAAUUAACCCUUGACUUUUUAAAAAAGUUUAAAUGGUAAGUCCAACUUAUGAAAUAUCAUAAUUAAUAUUGACCUGUAACUUUUCAUUUUCAUGUUAAAAAAAAGGAAGAAAUUUUAUGCAAUAUCUUUUUUUCAUCUGCAUUUCAAUAACACUUACUGUAAUGACUUAAUGAUUAUAAAUAUAGGCCCUAAUAUUACUAAUAUGAGCAAUUUUUAUUGUGAUACAUUUUUAUUGCCAGUGUUGUGAACAUAAAUCUUGUAAUUGGCAUUGAUUUUAUUUAGCUUAUGUCUAAAAGAAAAAAAGCAUUUAAAUAAACCUGUAUUUCAUAUACGGAUAUCCAUUAUAGUCAUUAUCAUAAAAAUACAUACCAGGUAUGUAUUAAUUUUUUUAAAAGCUAAUUCAGUAACAGUAGAGUCUGCAUAUGGACCAUCUUCAAACUCUGCAGUUACUGAAUGAGUUUUUAGCCUAAAGUAGUUAUGUAAAAUAUUAAAUAAUAUAACAUAAAAAUCAGCUUUUAAAAAUUCAAUGGUGUAAAAAUAGUUUAAAAGUUAAUGAAAUUAUUAUUUUUUAUUUGAAGUUAUUAAAGAUUAAAACUUUAAAUUACCUUACUUUAGAUAUUAACACUUUAAAUACGGUACAUUUUUAGAUUUCAGUAACAAGCGCAAUUAUUUUUAUAUUGAGAAUCAGAAGUGUAUGCCUCUCAUUCACAGAUAAUUUUUUAUUCUUAAAUAAUUUCUCAAUGAUUCUUCCUCAGUAAUUUUUAAUGUAAAUCUGCAGGGGCUGUAAAAUCUAUACCAUCCAUGAAUUACCCCCCUUGAAUUUUAGUCACAAUAAUUUUAAAAAAUUACACUUAUGUCUUUAAAAUUUCAUUUCUUUUAUUCCAAAGGAGCUGGCUAUUUGAUGUCAAAGUACAACAUAAUAAUAGCAACAAUGAUUAUUUCCUUUUGGAAGUUAACUUUGUCAUGUAAUUUGCUAAAAUGAUUAAUAUUUUUAGAUCUCUUACUCUUACAGCUUAUUGACAGACAGUGGGAGUGAGCUAAGAACAUCAGACAUCACAAUCAAAUGACAUCAUGGUUGAGAAUUAAACAUAAACUUUUAUGCUAUAAAGGUUUUAAUGCAAAGGUUCACUGCAACUCUAAAAAAACAGGCGAUUCGAGGUAGUUUGUGAUAUUUUAAUUAUUUUUGUGAAAGCAAUAAAGUAUGUGAGCUUUUACAAACUGUGUUGUUUACUUUCUCAAAAUAGGUAUGUCAAGGUUGAAUUUGUCAUUGUGAUGUGUGCCAGCUGCUAAAAGCAAUUUUAGAAACUUAUUCACUUUAAUUAAUGCAGUGUUUCCCAACUUGUGGUGUGCUUCAAAGGGAGGUAAUUUGGGGGGGGGGGGGGGGGGGGGGGGGGUUGUCAGUAUCUGAGAUUUCAAUAGGGGUGAGAGUAAUUUUUGAAGGGACAAUUUCAAAGACAACCACUGUUGUUGGUCAUUUAUUGCAGUAAAAAUAUAUUUCAUUUAUUGAUUUGAAAAUUUAAAACUACCGUAUUAACAUUGAAACUCUGGGCCACAAAUAUUUUAAAUUCAGUUGUCCAGAAGGCAGCAAGGAGACCCUUUUUCAAACUUUUCGAGUGCUUUGGGGGAGGGGUGCUGGCAAUAAAACCUAAGGUAAGGAAACACUGUUUUAAUGGGCAAAUGAUUCUGAAAUUUAGUUCUCUGAGAUACCGGGUACAGCAAAGGUCGCUUUCAGCAUCAUCAUUUUUUAAAUUUAAGUCAAACAUGUACAUAAUUGUAUUUCCAAUUAAAAAGUGGUGUCUAAACUGGUGGGUGGUGUCUCUUGUGGUGCAUAAUCAGUUGAAGUGGUGGGGGGGGGGGGCACUAAAUUUAAUCUUUUUAUUUGGGUACCAGUACUUAAACAACUUAGGGCUUAUUGUUUUGAAUUAUAGUCUUCAUUUAGUAAAUUAUUAUUGUACUGUUAACAGUAAACAAAAAAAAGCAUAUAUUUUUUUUUAAUUUUCUUUAAUUGUAUUUCCAAUUAAAAAGUGGUGUCUAAACUGGUGGGUGGUGUCUCUUGUGGUGCAUAAUCAGUUGAAGUGGUGGGGGGGGGGGCACUAAAUUUAAUCUUUUUAUUUGGGUACCAGUACUUAAACAACUUAGGGCUUAAUGUUUUGAAUUAUAGUCUUCAUUUAGUAAAUUAUUAAUGUACUGGUAACAGUAAACAAAAAAAAGCAUAUAUUUUUUUUUAAAUUUCUGAUAAAAUGGGAGAUAUUUGUUAAAAAGGUUGGCUAUCAAGGAGCAAGUAAGCCUAUAAUGUUUAUACAAAAAAUCUUUCUAUUGAAUAUUUUAAAUUAAAUGAAAUCAACAUCUUAGUCAUGUAACAGGAAGUAAUUUGGUUGUUAGAAUCAAUGUGACAUCCUAUUGUUUUUUAAAAUUCCGGUACCCAGUAUUAUUUUAGACAGACUGUGCAGCCAAAGAUUUUAAAAGUUGUUCAUGUCAAAUUUCUGUAUGGUGAAAUUGAUAAUCCUGUCUACAGCACAUUUUUCAAUAGAUUGCAUUCUUUCUUUCAAUUUUGACUUAACUUUAUGAUUAUGAGAAAGCUUUGAUAUAUUUUAAAUAUUUCUAAUAAUAAUAAAGAAUUAAUUCAGCCAUUUAAAAGAUAAAGCAUAGGAUUGAACUUUUCCUGACUUUGUCAGGUCUUUUAUUAAAGAACUAUCUGGAAUAAUUUUUGCUGUAACCAAUGUUAUUUUAUUUAUUUCAUAUUUUAUUGUAUGUGGCAAUUUUUUAAAUGACUUUGUAAAUUCUGACAUGUAUUUCAUUUAUACAUUAAAUUACUGAACUAUGGUUUGUUAAUAUUAUCAUCUACUCCAUAACUUUGUUUUCACAAAAGCUUUAGUUGAAUAUUUUUUAUAUACUUAAAAUAUAAAUUUAACAAAUUAUUCCAUUUCCGCUCACAUUUAUAAAAAUCAAUUUGAUUUUUACUAAUACUGCGGACUCGUAUCAGAACCAAUUUUUUUUUUUCAAAUGCAAUUUGAUUAGAUAACAAGUAAAUAUGUAAUAUUCUUGACAUUCCUAACUCUCACAAGCAGUCUGGCGAAUGUCUAUGUAAUUUAAUCUACUAAUACUUAUAACCAUUAUCACAAAAUACUAUCAAUAGUAUAGCUUGUUAUGCAUCCUUAUUACUUUAAUUAUAGCAAGAUACCAGAAUUCUGCUGAGCAGUCCUGAUACCGGUACACAACUUGAGGAGGGUCUCCUGCUAUAUGGUUUCUGUAAAUAUGGUCUUUUUGGCCCAGACAGUUAAGGAAAAAUGUCAGCAGCAGAAUGUUAUCCUCUUCCCCCACCUACUGGUAUAAGAAACCUCAAUAAGGAUUUUGACAUUGUUGGUUGAGAAGUUCUUUGAAAGGUCGUGGCCAAUAAUGGAUACCCAGAAAUAUCAUUUCCACAGUGCAUAAGUGCUAUGAUAGUAUGGGGGCUAGUUUUUUGAAAAAUGAAGAGACAUCUAAUCCAUUGUAUCCUGGCACUAAUACUUUUCAGCCUUGUGUUCUCCGUCAUGUUGAAUGAUGCUUUCAGAGAGGGAGAUAUUAGGAUUGGCAUCAGAUACCGAAUUGAUGGUAAACUAUUCAACCUUGAGAAGCUACAUGCUGCUAAAUCCAAUGUCCUAACAGACAUCAUCUGGGACUUUCUGUAUGCCGAUGUCUGCCGGAAAGGCUGGAUCAGAUAAUCAGAAGCUGUAUGGCAGUUUCUCCGAUCACCUCACAAACCAGUCAGCUUCUCAAAAACCUCACGUUGAACCCAGCAUUCAAGUCAAUGGUGAAAAGCUUAAAGUACCGAUAGUAAACAGCUUCUCUUUCCUUGGCAGCACACUUUACCAAAACUUGAGAAGAUUAACCUUCAAAUUACUAAACCCAUGGAAACCUACAGCAAAAGGAGUUUCAUCAGUCAGCACCCAAACGAAUGCAUAUGCUAUGCAAUUAAAAUAUGGACUGUCUAUCAACCAUGCAAGAAAGCUGAACCAAUUUCACACUGCUAGCCUCUGAAAAAGCCUCAACUUCAAAAGACAAGACCCCAAAAACCAAGGUACUCGCACUGGCACAUCCCCCCAUUAUCUAUAUCAUUUUGAUAGGGCAUGUGAAAAUGUCGGGCAACAAUGUAAGCAUGGCAGGUAUGCUGGUUGAUAUAAGAGACGUUUCAAAGACACCAUGAACACAUCGAUUAAGUAAGCGCUCUGGAUAAACCUGAACACUGGAACAAUUAGCAAAGGAUCAAGCCUCAUGGUGCUCCUCUGUACACACAUCUCCAUGCAGCACGAAGCCAACAAAACAGAUGCUAUAGAACACAAUCCAGAAAAUCAUGAAUCACUAUUUCACCUGAAGAUGUCCUGUGUAAUCCUUGCUCUUAAAGCAUUUCCAUGAUGGUAUGCUGGCUAGGGUCUGGAAAAAUGGAGAGAUGUCCCAACCUUUCCCUGUGGCUCAUGGGGUAUGCAAGGUUGCAUCCUGGUACCAACAUUUUUUAACCUUAUCUUCUCCAACAUGCUGACUAAUUUCAGAGAGGGAGACUUUACGGACAGACAGAACCUGCUCCAGCACCUAUCGGAUGAUUAAAAUUGACCCUGGUUGAUUCAUUUGACAUGCUAACAAUUAUCAUUACUUAUUCAUCCAAUCACCAAGGCCAAUAACUAAAAAUAAAAUUUAGAUUUCAAUAAAAUAUUAAUAGAAAUAAAGCUAAAUGUGUGGACCUUUGCUUUAAAAAGGACCCAGAACAACUUUGUAAAAACUGAGCUAGUGUUGUGAUGAAAGGAACUGACAUGCAUUUAUGUAUUCAUUCUAAUUCUGAAGAAUAAUCCAUUGAAGAUGGGACUUGUUUUUUUUAUUACGGUUCCGUAACGUAAUUAUAAUUAAAUAAUAUUUACCCUUUGCCUACAAAUGAAAUAAAAUUUCCCAAGUCAUGCUACUAAAUUGAUGGGGACCUUCAAUAGUAACAAAAUGAUUCAUGAAACCUGUGGCACAAACGUGAUUUUUGUCUCAUAUGAUUUCUUUUGUGGUUUCUUGAUGCUAAAUAAGACAUGCCUGGGUUGUACAUGUAAUUUGAGAUAACUUUGUACAUGUCAUACCUCCUUUCUGUCGCAGAAUUUAGAUGCCAGAAUCUUUUACAGUAAUACCACAAGCUUUAGUUUUUCAUUUCUUUUGAUUUGUACUUGAAAUGGUUAUAUUAAUUUAUAGCCAUUUGAAUAUUUACAAAAAUAUAUUUGUCUUAAUCCUGAAAAUUUCACUUUGAGAUUAUUUAAUGUUAUUUUCAUCCAUGAUAGCUGCAUUCUCCUCUCUGUGCUAUUUGUUCUUGUUGAUCUUACUUUUAAUUUAUGACGUACAUAAUACUUUUUAAUAUCGCUUGACAGAUUCCCAGAAUGUGGUGUAAAUUAGAAUUAUUAUAUAUUUCAGAUUGGAUUACCUCAUCAAUGCUCAGUUAUACUUAUACCCAAUUUUUAAAUAUUUCAGUUUCAGAUGUGAUGUCCUGGUGACAAAUUAAUAACAAAAAGUUCUGCCUGGCUCUGUUCUUUAAAAAAAUAAUUGGUGUGGUAAGAAAGAAGUAUUUCACAAAACCCUUUAAAAAAAUCCAUUUUCAUAAAGACAAAAGUAAAGUUAAAGAUUAUGCAUUACAUGAUGUUUCCUUCAAUACUUCAAAUGUUAUGUUAAAUUUAUUUAUUGAUGGGAGUGAAAAUUAGAGGCACCUAGCAAUUAUCAGUGGUUGCUAUGCAUUCUCUGUCUGUUUUUGAAUUGUAUAUAGAAUAAGCAAUAAUUAUAGCAUCCUAUUCUAAUGAUAAUGGGGAACUCAUGCCACUGCAAGCUAGCAUGAUUUAUACUAUAGUGUAACAGUUAUUGCUAACAGCUAAAAUUAUUGCCUCCCAUGACUUAUUUUAUUUCACUUUUAUGUCAAUAUGUUAUUUCACUUUGAGAUCAAAUAGUGUAAUGACACAUCAUUUGUCUCCACUGAUUUCAUUUAUGUAAAUUUGCAAUUUCUAUUAAUUUGUUUUCUUCUCUGUUACAGAUGUCUAGUUCAUUCCAACCAACAACUUAAAAACAAAAUACUAAGCUCGCAUGUUUAAGAACUUGUUAUAUUAUCUGCCGUAGAGCGUAAUAAACCUUUUAUUCCAAAAUGUUAUGAUUUACGCUAAGAAUAGUAAGAAAUGGUUAAAAAGGGGACAAAAUGUGGGGAUGAGUUGGUUUCAUAUCCUGAGGAGUUGAAGAUAGAAAUGGUGAUGGUAUAUUUGAUGAGAAGUUGGAAUGUCACUAUCAGGGUUGCUUCUCGCCUACUUAAGUGGCAUUUGUAAUGUGCGGGUCAUGCUUGAUUUUUUUUAUGGCUCUGCACAAUGGAGGACAGUCAUUUGUAAUAUAGAUGAACAGUUCAUCAUCUCUUUUAUGCCAAUAUCAAAAAGAUACGCACUCAUACCUAAAUAAACAAUUUAAAAUCCAAGACACAAAAUAAUAGUUGUAGAAUGGGAGGAUCAACCAAACAAAUCUUAAAUUACUAAUGAUAAUCACUGAUAUUAUAUGGUUUUGAAUGACACAUUUUGCAUUAAAAAAUCAACUAAAAGGAUAGGUUUAAUUACCAUAUUAUUUUUUUAAGCCCAUCACUGAAUCACUGUUAUUCAUAAAGCAAUAUUUUAAUGCCUAAUUUUACCAAUAAUUUUAUCCCAUUGUGUACAUACAUAAAUAAGCAUUGAGGAAUGUACAGAUUUUGUUUUGAUGGUUUAAGUUUAAGGAGAUAGAGCGUUCAUACAUAUCUGUGGAUAUAAGAUGAAUCAAUCCAGCAUCAUUCUAUUACAAAACAUUAACUUCUUGGUCCCACACCAUUAAAAUAGUAAGGGGGUGGUGGUUUUAUAAUUUGACCACAUACAGUGGCUAAUACACUAUUUUAUAAAUACACGCCAUGGUUUUUCAAAGCAAAUGUGUACAGUUGGGAAUAAAAAUACUGUUACUGUCACACAUCUAAGUAUAAGAGAAAGCAACACAAAUCUAUUUUGAGAUGUUUUCAUAUCAUCUACAUUUCUUUUAUUUAUAGUAUUUAUCACAAGCCAAGGCAUUAAAGCACUGAAUGGUGAAUAGUUUUUUUCCCAGCAGAGGAACUGCAAUGAGUACACAUUAGCUAUGGUAAGUAACGAUAACUAACUACAUCAAGUCAAGAAAGCAAAUCUGAGGCACAAGUCUUACCGUUACUCACCUUAAGGUGGCAUGUAUAAAAAGUCUUACACAAUGGAGCAAGUUUCCUGAACAAUAAAUAACCUAAGUCUACCCCACCCUAGUUUGUUGAUGAUCACCCCCAAUAGAUUGUUAAAGUUUUAUCAUUUGUGGGAAGUGGCUGGUCAAUAUCUUUAACCCUCUGGAGACGUAAGGGCCGAUCUAUUGGGGGCCCGAGGUACACUAGCGAGAAAGACGUCAAGUCUGAGCCGUCGGCCUGAUAGAUCGAGCCUCACGAUUGGCUGGCUUGGCGUUGUACCAGCGAAUCAAAAUUAUUCAUACGUAUUCCUGCACAUCCCGGCAUUGUAAUGGCGGCGUUGGUUGAAGGUGAACUUAAUUUAUUUGUGUGCAGAAUUUUUUUUUUUGUGUGUGUGUAGUUACAUCGUGAAAUUCGAACAUGUCUGACAGUGACUCUGAUUAAACUGUGCUUAGUGAUUUUGAUAUUCUAGGUAUCUAGGCAUAAGCACCACAUUUUAGUAGUUUAUGCUAUUUUUUACACUAAAUAUCACUCAAAUGUUUAUGAGAGAGACCAAUAGAUAUGCAAACAACUUUCUCAGUAACAUCCAGCUUAAGAGAAGGUCCCUAGGUCAUAAAUAGGGGCCUGUUACAGUGUGUCUGUAACAACUGAAAAAUUGGGUGGAAAGGGGGGGGGGUGGAAAAAGGAGUAGAACCCUGUGCCAGAUGUAUCUGAAGGGCCUCCAUGGGCCUUUUCUCCCAAAAACAUAAGUGUUAGUACUUAUUCAGGCUUCAUCCAUCAAAAAAUUCACACAAUUGAUACAAGUAAGUCAUGUUUAGUCUAGGUGUAACAAAAAAAUUACAUGCAUAAAUUAUGGUAGCUCAUUUGCAUAAAUUUUGAUAUUUCAGUUUGAUUCAUAAAUAUUUUAUUAGUUCAUUCAAUUUCCUACAAGAAUAUAUAUAGUUUUACAUACAUUAAGGGAAUAGUUUAUUUUUUAUAAAUUUUUUUGCAAUGCGAGUGCCGAACUCGUAAAAAGGCCUCCGUCUUUUUAGCACAUACACCCCGAAAAGGCUACGUCUCCAGACGGUUAAAACUGUAAUCAUGGUACCUAAAUUUUGUCUAAUAUUAUGAUCAAUGUACUAUGCUGCACCAACUAUGUGGAAAAGAUUUUACCCAGGCAAACGGGUGGUAGUUAGGGGUUGCACUUCCAGGCUAAUGCUCAGUGCCAAACCCUCUGGUUACUAAUAUUGGACUAUUCAGAUUAAUGGACAGGGUCCUCAUACAUCUGAUAGAACAUUUUGUAUUUUAAAUUGAGCUUAAUCUUGCUAUGAUGUUCUCCUUUCAAGGAAGUGAGUUAUAAUAUGUUUGAAAAUAAUUGCUGAAAUUUGAAUAUAUGGACAGCCAACAGUACCAUUCAUUAACAGGAGACUGCAACAUCCAUAUAUAAUGGUACCGGGUAAUCUAACACUGUGUGAAAACACGUUAUAUGUGCAGACAUCAUAUCCAUAAUCCUUGAUUAAAGGCUAAAUUUCCUGGUAGACUACAGUCAUCCUAACCAAACAUGUAACAAUAUUGAACAUAUUUUCAAAACCACAGUUUGAUUUAUUGCAUUGCCCACAUACCGGUACUGGUAAUAUUAAAAGAAAGAGCCCAGUGUUUGUCUAAAGAAAUCAAUGUCAGAUCUUUAAGACGCUUCAAGGGGCUUUUAAUGUUGCUCUAAAGAAAUCAAUGUCAGAUCUGUAGAGGCUUAAUGUUUUUCUACCGAAAUCAAUGUCAGAGGCUUAAUGUUUUUUCUACCGAAAUCAAUGUCAGAGGCUUCAAGUGGGGGAAACAGGCCAUUUACCUUGGUUAUUUUCAGAAAAGUUAAGUUUAAAAAAUGUAAAAACAUAUCCAGACACACACACACACACACACUCCUCUUUUCCCCCUUUCUUUUUUCCUUCUCUUUUCAAAUCUUUCAUUUAUUCUUGAUCAUGACCAUUCAUCUUAGAAUAAAUAUAAUGCUUUAGUAGUGACGGUUAUUGUUGUUUCUAUUUCAGCCUCCAAUUGAUCCACAUCAGUUACUGAGGGCCCUUGGUCCACUUCUCACCCCAGCUGGUGGUAUAAAAGGGCCACAGGAAGCUUCCAGAAUUGCUAGGUAAUAUUUUUUUUGUGGACAGAUUUUUAAAAAAAAAUAGAGUGAUAAGUCUUCUUUGCAUUUUCACAUCCUCAUAUCUCCAGAUUUUUUUUUUUUUAAAGCAGCUUUAACAAAAAAAUUAAUAGCAGCAAUUAUUACCUGUUUAAAAAAAAAUAAUUUUUAAGUAAUUGAUUGCAUGUAGUAGGUGCCUUAGUUUCACCUGAAUUCUUGUAUUUUAUUACAGUUUGAUGAAAGAUGCUACUAAAUUAGUGACAAGAUGUAUUUAUCUCAACAUACUGAGAGCUACUGAAUCACAUGAAGCAUUGGAAAAGUAAGUACACAGCACUGCCCUUCAAAUAAUUUGUUUACUUCCACAAUGUUAACAAUCUCUCACUAAAUACAAAUUAUUAAUUAUCAGGCAUAUUUUAUUGUGAAUAGAAAACAACAGCAGUGUUACAUAUGUUUAAGUUUUUUUAAUUAAAUAUUUUUCUCACAUACAGCCCUGCUUCAAGCCAAGGCACUACCUUUUUUGUGUGUUUCAGAACCAUGACUUCAGCAUACAUUUGAACUCCCUACCAUUCCCCCACCCUCACAAGAGCAUGCAUUUUAACUCACCACCAUGCCCCCUCUCACGGGUACCGGUAUACAUUUGAACUCACUGCCAUCCCCCCCUCUCACAUGCAAAGACUAUCCAUAAAAACCUACUCAUUCUUUUAUUUCUGUUUUUUUUUAAAGAUUUAUCGAUGUUGGAGGCUGGAACAUAUUAAACAGUUGGCUGGAUGUUGCACGGGGUGACAAUAAUGACCCUUUACUUGGGGAGCUGUUGGAUGUUUACCUGCUAAUGCCAGUCACUGUUGUUCUACUCAAACAGAAUAGUGCAGCUAAGACCAUCAAACAGCUCAGCAAGACUGAAAAUGAAAGUAGGUGAAACUUCCGUUGCUCGUUGCACCCGAAAGCAUUUUUUUUUCAUAUUGCUAAGCAAAUUCGAUUGAACUAUAUUUUUUAAAUUGUUAUUUAUUUGUAUCUUCUCCAUCAAAUGAUUUGAUGAAGUUGUGAAAUGUUUUUCGAAGUCACAGCAUAUCACAUGAUUUAAAUUUAAUGAAGUUGUUAAAUGUUCCCCAAGUCACAUGAUCUGAUUAGAUGAAGUUGUGACAAGUCACAGUCACAGCACAUCACAUGAUUUAAGGAAGUUGUAAAAUUCUCCCCCAGUAACAGGAAUUUUAAGCAAUGAGAAAAUAUUUGAUAAAAUCUUCAACUAAAAAAGACAUAAAUCUUCGGUAUUUAUUGGAGAGUUAAAUGGCAAAUAUUUUAAAUUCAAUUCUACAAAGGUCAGCUAAGCCUUCACAAAUAAAAUAUUCUAUCUUAGUCCAUUUAGAAAGGCUUAAAAAAAGGCAAAUGCCCCUGUAGACAAUGUAGAAGUUUUGGACCCAUUGCCAGAGCGAAAUGUACCAUAAAAAUAACUUGAUUAAAAGCCCAUUUAAUGGAUUUUCCCCACUGGAAGCAUUUUAACAGAAUGUCCGAGUGCUUAGUCCAAUAAUAUAUGGAUGUGAAGUUAAAAGUGAUUAAGAAAAUCAAUCCAAUAUUUUAAUCAUUUGUGUUGGUUGGUAAAUAUUUAUAAACCUUCAUAUUGCCAUGUAGAAAUCAAGACCUUGUCAUCCAAGCUUGUAGACAGCUGGACCAAAACUAUCAGAGGACAAAACAAUGGCACAGACAAUGAUGCUGAGGGUAAGAUCAUGUCUUCACGGUUGGUUCAACUAACCGAACUUGUUAAGAAUAUGAUAGAGUGCGUUUUAAAUAACAAGAGUUAGAUUAAGUUGCAGUUGUUUAUUCAGUAUUAAGCAUGUAUACUAGAUGAGAUGAAAUAGAUCUUUGAACUGUGUGUAGAUCAGAUAUUAAUUUAUAAGUUUCAGAAGUUGUAAAAGUGGGAUGAUUAUGAUUUUUCAAAUUGGCAUUAAUUAGAGCUGGAGCACUUACAAAUAUUGCUCAAGUGAGAGAAUUUACCUGCGUUUCCCUUCUUAUGUGUGGAAGGGUUUAUAAGAACAUUGGAGAAAAAAAACAUCCACAACCUCAAUAAGAAAUUUUGUAAUUUGAUUACUUUGUUCAUCUAACCGUGCAAGUAAAUAAAAUCUAGCUAAAUAAAAACUUUUUUUUUUGUGGUGAUUUGUUGUUGGAAAAACAUUUUUUUUUUUCUGUAUUAUACCUGAGUAAAUAUUUUCUUUUGUCAUAGAUAAAAAGAAAAAGAAGAAGCACAAAGAGAAAGAAAGGGAAAAGGAUAAAAAUGAUAAGGAAAAUGACAAAAGAGAAAAGGAAGAAAAGGACUCAGAAAAAAACAAAUCACGAGAAAAAGACUCAAAAGAUCAUCACAAGGAGAAAGAUAAAAGAGACAAAGACAGACACAAAGAUAAGGAUCGCUCAAAAAGGGAAAAGUCCAAAUCAAGCUCUGAUAAUAAAGAAUCUUCCACAAAAGGAUCAUCAUCUUCUGAUCCCACCCUCUCAAGCAAAACUAAAGAAAGUAGUUCUUCCAAAAGAUCAACAUCCAUGGAUGAACUGAAAUCAUCAUCAUCAUCUACUACAACGAAUGGCUCUGGCAAAAACGUGGAACAAGACUUUUUGAAAGAUGAUGAUUCACGCAGGCGUCCAAAAACAGUCAAGCAGUUGAACACAAAAUUCCGAUCUACUGGACUUUUUGACGCAGAAGAAGAGGAAGAGCCAGAGCAAGCCAAGAAAAAGUUAGAUAAGCCCCCCAUGAAAAGAGCAAGGUUAGUGUACAUGAUUUCAUCAAUAUUUGCUUUUGUUAUGUCAUAAGAAGUUAUGAAGACUGUCCUGACUUCUGUAUAAAGUUAUGAUGACUGAUCUGACUCCUGUAUAAAGUUAUGAAGACUUACCUGACUCCUGUAUAGUUUGAAUACUUCCACAAAUUUGACCAUGCUAAAACACUUCUGAGAGAGCUGCAUUGGCUGCCAGUCCGCGCUCACAUAGAGUACAAAAUUGCAACUCUGUGCUACCGCUGCUUGCAUGACCUAGUGCCAUCCUAUCUUAAAGCCCUCUUGAUGCCUUAUAUACCCACUAGAUCACUCUGUUCAUCCGAAUGUGGCAAACAAUACCGUGUGUUCGUCUUAAGACCUACGGAAGGCGCACUUUCGCUUUUGCUGGUCCAAAAAUCUGGAACGCCCUUUCUGUAGCUCUCAGAAACAGCCAGACACUGCAGUCUUUCAAAAAUGAGUUGAAAACACAUCUUUUUCACACUCACCUACUGGGGUGAUGUAGUCUACUCCUUGUUUCCAGCUUGCUCAUAUUCCUCGAUGUAUAUUGGCUUGUAUUGUCCAUUGGCUUGUGUGUUGAUUUUUUAUUGUUGCGUUUUGUAUUUUAAUUUGGAAAAAUAUAAAUUGUCAUUAUAUGGUUGAAUUUGUACCACAUUUUGAGCCUCAAUUAGGGAUGAAGCAUGUGUUUGAAAUGAACUUUAUUAUUAUUAUUAUUAUGUAUAUUUAUAAUAAAGGGUGGCCAUUUGUGAAAUAAGGUGUUGUGUGUUGAGUAUUUCUUAAAUUGGAAAGCAAUUGUUUAAAUGUGUGGAAGGAUGUGAAAUGAUUUGGUAAUUGGAAGUGUGGUUUGGGGAGCGGGGGGAUAGAAGGAUGUGAAAUGAUUUGGUAAUUGGAGUGUGGUGGGGGGGUAUUGGAAGUGUGGUUUGGGGAGCGGGGGGAUAGAAGGAUGUGAAAUGAUUUGGUAAUUGGAGUGUGGUGGGGGGGGGGGUGAGAUAAGAAGAUAGAAGGAUGUGAACUGAUUUGGUGAUUGAACGGGGGAGAUAAAAAGAGGGAAAAGCAAUGUGAAAUAAAUUAGUAUGGUGAGGUCAUAUACAAAAUUAUGAGUACAAAAAUGCUUAUUUAUCAAUAAAAAGGCAAUUUGUAUCUGAUCUUUUUUAUUGUAUAUUUUCUGUUUCUCUUAGCAUGGAUUCAAAAAGUGAAGAUGCAAUAGAAAAAAAACCACGUCUGCAUUUAACAAUGCCCACCCUGACACCAGCUAGCUCUGAUUCAGCCAUAACAACACCACCUGAAGUGACUCAUGGAAGAAUCAAGAUUAUUCCACCCAAAAAAGGUUUGUUUAAUGUAUAUGCUCUUUUUAAACCCUGUUAGUUCUUAAGUUGACACGCUAAUUUUGCCCGGGAAAAGCCUGAAAAGUUUAUAACCCACUCAUAAAAUAACAUGUAAACAAUACUGUAUAAAGAAAUGACAAAAAUAUAGCCCCCAGCACCAAAAUCACGCUGAUGCACUCAUUAGUCCUCUCCCAUUUUCUUGUAUGCCUGGGAGUCCUGGACAUUACAGCAUAACUUGAAAGAAAAAUAAAGGCGAUAAAGAUGAGAUGUUUCAGAAGCAUUCUUGGCAUCUGCUAUAGAGACCAUCUCCAAUGAACGAGUGAAAGAAAGGAUUCAUCAAGCAAUUGGGCAGUACGAUGACCUCCUGUUGACUGUAAAAAAGCGCAAACUGGAAUGGUAUGUCACAAGAAAACAAGGGCUCGCCAAAGAAAUCAUGCAGGGCACAAAGAGAGGCGGGAGAAGAAGAGGAAGACAGAGAAAAAGAUGGGAAGACAACAUCAAAGAGUGUAUGGGGCUAAAGUGAGGUGAUGCUGUAUGAAGUGCACCAAACAGAGAGGAAUGGAGGAUAGUUAUCAUGUCAUCCGUGGCGCCCCAACGGUCCAAGGACUAAGGGACAUGAUGAUGAAAAUAAAAAGUAAUAAGCAUACAGUAUAAUGUAUGAGACAUGUACUUGCUUCAUGUCUAACCUAACUGAACAUUUACAAAAAUAGAUAAUUACCGUUUGGAAAGAAAUACAUGCCUGUAUUCUGCUGUAACAAUCAUUUACAAAGUUCACAUUAUCAGUCUGGUAACUGGUAUUAAAUAUAGGUCAGGUGGUACUACCUUUUCAUAAGACUUGCUCUGACUGCUCAUGAAAUACAUUUUAGCAGCUGCCUAAAAAAUCUGACAGGCUGACAUUUCAUUAUUCUUUGUAGGUAUUUGAUACAUUUUAAGCACAGCCAAACAUGACAGUGGUAAAAUGAAUACAAAACUUGUUACCCAGUAUUUUUUUAAUGGCUUUAUGGUGACUUCGGGUAAUUAAUUUUUUCAUCGUUGUCUUCUUGAAUUGAAUCAACUUACAUUUACAUUGAGUACCGUAAGUUAUAAAAAUCUCUUAUGACCUGCUCAUGAGGCCACCAAAAAUUGUAUAAAUGGUAUUCAUUUUCUUUUUCUGUAAAAAAACCUAGCGCUUGAAAUUAAAAUAAUUUUAACAUUUAAUUCUAAAUAACUUUUUAUGUGAAUCUUGUUGUGCAAAAGGUCAUUUAAAACGUGUAUAUUUUGCAAAAUGUUAAUGAACUUGUGUAUUGUAGACAGGAAUGAAGAAGGACUUUUGUUUGAUGUUUUCCAUCCCCCUCUUCUUAUUUCUUUGUUUUAAACCAGUUUCCUUUUAAAUGAUGCUCAUUUAAUAUAUUUGAUUCUUUUAUUUACUAGGGCAAACCCAUAUUUUGAUUAAAUGCCAUACCUCCAGCUCAUGUUAAACUAUUUGCAACUUUUAUUUACUAGCGCCAAACCCUUAUUUUAAUUUCACAGCUCCAGCUCAUGAAAUUCAAGAAAGCAAUGUCUUCAUGACCGCUCUUCAGCAGUCCACACUUCCUGGAGGACUGAAGAGGAAAAAGAAGCUGCUGGUUUCACCAUCGCCUAUGUCAACAACCCCCUUGCUGAUAAGGGGAUCAUCUGCGACGUCCCCACCUUCAGCUUCCUCGCCAUCUGCUACAUCCCCCCCACCCAGUACACAGACUAGUGAGGCAGGACCCACCUCCCCACCAUUGCUCUCUCCCACCACAGUUAUGGCCCAGAAAUUACCAUCUGUGCCUUCUGUAAGUUUAUAAUUAUCAAAAUAAUUUUUCAGACAUGAACAGCAAAAAUUAUAUCAUGGGCUGUUUAAAUUAUAUUCAUUGGCAUUAAUCACUUAAUCUAUAUUCUGGUAUAUAUUUUUUUUUUCUGUAUCACAAAAUAAAUAUAAUUAUCUUACUAUUUUGUAUUGUAUUUGAAUAAAUUGUCUUUCAAGCCUCUUUACAUGUGACCAUUAUAUUUUUCAAUUACAAUAAUUCUGUGUUUUAAAGGAUAUACCCAUUUUUAUCUAAAUUUUAAAUGUUUCUCAUGCAGUUUUACCGUGAUACUUUAGAGGAUAUGCCAGAGAGCACAAAUAGCAAGAAAGAUAAAGAAAGGGAUGAAAAUGAAGACCCACCACCUGCUCUAGAAGUUAUGCAAACAGAUGAGGAAGGGGAGGGCAGAUUAGAUGAUCAGACAUCAUCUACAUCUGAGGAAAAAAUUUCAGGUCAUUUCUUCAUUCCAGUGAUUGCAUUGCCUUCUUUACUUUCAUAAUAGUUAUUAUUUAACUAAAAUGUAGCAAAUUAAACUAUCCACCUUAAAUCAAAUGUUUUGAUGUGCUACUGAAUAAGGGUGGCUAAUUGACAAAUUUGACAGUGCAGGAUGCAAAUAUAGAAUGCUAAUAAUAAUUCAUAUUCAAAACUAAAGAACAAAAUUAAAGAUUUGAAACAAAUAAUUUUCACUGUCGUCAAGUUUUUCUAACUUGAUAUUAAUGUUUAACAAUUUGCUCCAACAGAGUCUAAGCCAGAGGGAGAACUGAUUCCCGGUGAUGUUUCUCUGGAUAGUGAUCCGAAACCUGUUAAAGUAAAGAAACCCAAGAAGAAUGUCACUUGGGCAAGAGAAACCAAUUUAGAGGAAUACUUUUAUUUCGAAUUGGAUGAAACAGAGAGAGGUCAGCAGAUUUGUCUCUUUAAAUUGUUCUUUUAUACUUCAAAUUGUUUGUAAUUUUUUUUUCAUUUUUACAUCUAAUUGUUGGUAAUUUUCUUUUAUUUUUGCUCAACUUGGCUAAUUGAUAUAAUAUGUUUUUUUCUCUCCAGAAAAUGUAAAUAGACCAAAAACGUUUAAUGAAAUGAAGAAAGAGGAGAUGUUGCUAGAUCGAAGGGUACGGUUAUAAUAAAAACCAGAUUAUGUAUAUUUUAUGAAUUACAGAAAUUCUAUCGGCCAAAUGUCAUGUUGUGUCAGAUAAAUGUAAAUCUAACAUAGCUACCUUAACUGUCCAAAUGAAAACAAUGUACAUCUAACAUAGCUGUCCAAAUGAAAACAAUGUUGACCCACAAUUUACUGUUCAUUUCAGGCCAUGGAAUCUGCUAAAAGAUUUAAUAAUGACACAAUGGUGGAGGUAUUACAGGUAAGUGACACCCCCCCCCCCUCCCCCCUUUUCCCAUUAGCAAGAAUGCUUUGUAGCCAGAGUUGAUUUAUCCUGCCCUAAGUUUGGCCAUACACAUUAAAAAAUAUAUUGAAUAAUGUUUAUCAAAAAUCUGCUACGUUAUUAAUUAUAUUUUUCUAUGGUAAACUUAAAUAAUUAUAUAAUUAAAACACAGCGAUAGAUUAGGAAGAUACUCAUGGAUGUUUGAAACUGUUGAAUGUUUUUAAAUGAGUGUAGAGAUUAAGAGCGGAGUAGGUAAAAGUGACCAAACAUUUUUGGGGAGUUGUUAGACUGCUUGAUAUUUAAGAUGGCUGUUUUCACAGCAUUCUUGUCAUCCGCAUUCAUCACUCUACAAGAGAUGAUGAUAUAGUUUCUUAACAUAAUAAUUGUACAAAUUAUGGAAUUAUGGCUUUUUUUUGCCCCAAAUAGUAAAGUUAAAUAAUAUUUUUUAGUGCUACACAUUUUGUUUUACUACACGUACUUCUCCCUCAUCAGUGGAAACGCCCCAAACCUAUUGACAAUGUGAUUGUUGUAGUAGAGUCAGGAUGUAACAGUGUAGAGAAACAGAUACAGAUGGACAGGGAGCUAAUUGUACUGUGUGCCCUCUUCUUUAACAAGUGAGUGUUGUUAUAGAGAACUAAUUGUACUGUAUGCACUCUUCUUCAACAAUUGAGUGUUGUUAUAGGGAGCAUAUUGUACUGUGUUUGGUGCUUUAAAUAUUUCAUGCCGAUAUUAUUCAACAAAAUGUUAUUCUUUUUUUUUUUUAAUUUGGAGAAAAAAAAUUUGGGAAAAAAUGUAGUGGGGACCAAUGUUCCCUCUAAGGUUUGUUGGUUCGUGUGCAAAAUCAUACAGUUGUGUGCACAAUUUUAAAGCCCACAAACACACACUUACAUGGAAAUUUGCUGUGCGGAUACUCAAAGCUGCUGCGCGGUGUCUGUGAGAUAGCUGAGUGGCCGCGCAGCUUAAAGGGAACAUCGGUGGGGACCAUGCUUUGAGUACAAAGUAACAUUAUCUUGGCAUUUUCAUACCUGAAAUCCGGCCCCACCAAUCGGAUUUAAUCCUAAUUUGUCUUAACAUUUUAAUACCUCAAAUCUGACACCAACAAUUAGAUGUAAUCCUCAUUAUCUUGGCAUUUUCUCCUCUAAUCUCAUCCCAACAAGAAAAGGAAAUCCUAAAAACAUGUAUCUUUACAUUUUCAUGCCUUCAAUCUGACUCCAAAAAAGAUGGGGCACAUGCAUGCAUAGAUUCCCACCCUGGAAUCUUCCACUGAAUACACUAAUUAUAUUGAAAAUUCAAUAUUUAACAUCACAGAGAACUUCCUAGUUAAUGUUAAAGUAGAUUAAACAUUGUUUUUAAUUCUUUUCACCAGGGUACCAGAUACACCUGCUGAACCAGAUCUGGAAAACUCAGGUGAUAAACUUGAGACCCAAAUCAUUCCACUGGAAGAUGUAUGUUGUUUUUUUUAGUUUAUUAAGUUAUUAUUUAGCCAUUUAUCUCUUAAUUGUAACUUUUUAUAAUAAAUUAACAUUACCAAUCACUUUCAGGAAUGAAAUUUUUCAUCAAAUAAUUAUGUUACUGUUCUUUUUUAUACUCCUUCAGGAAAAUGGUUCAUGUACUGAAUAUGAGCACACAUAUAAAUUUAAUGACCCGUCUUCAUUACCAUAUGAUCCUGAAUUUGGAGGACUCCCACUUCAAAGUCAUGUGCCUCCGAUGAAUCAAGUUGGUCCCAUGGUUGGACCUCUGAUGAACAAUAUGUCUGCCAACAUCAUUGCUGGGAACAUGAAUAACAAUAUGGGUGGCAACACAAUGGGAAACAUGAAUCUGCCACCUGCCAUCAGUCAUAUACUCAAUACCUUACAACAGCAGGCUCAGGAAAGCAGAGACCCUGUUAUACAAAAUCUUCAAGGAAUGCUUGCAAGUGUAUUGGUAAGAUGGAAGACCAGUUGUAUCUUAAAUAUUUUUUAAUUUAUCAUUUUAAUAAAACUUGUUUAAAAACAUUUGCAGUGUCAGAAAUAAUUUUAUUUUUAGACCAGUGCUGUUAGUUUUUCAGCAAACAUCCUAAAAAGUCAAUUCAGUAGCAACAUAUCUGAAUGGGUGGUGGAUUAUAAGGAAGACAUAAUUAUACAAGUUGAUAAUAAAGUUUUUGAAUAGAAAUCAUACAUCUUUCUGCAAAUAAGUAAUUUUUGGGGUAAUUUUCUACAUUGAAUUUAUUUUUUAAUUAAGAAUAUGCUAAUAAUUGAUAAAAUAUCAAUAGUUGACUAUAGUCAACAUAAAUACUUUUUUUAAUGGAAAAAAUACAGCUUUUGAGACAUUAUACAUAAUAUAUGUAUCAGGCAAGGAUCCAAGGGGCAUCAUAAUACAUUUAAAGCUAAUGCUGAGUGAAGAUCCAUUCUUUUAAUUAAAGUAAUAUUUCUGAUCUUUGCAGAUAAUGCAAUAAUCACUAUUAAUUAUGUAUAAGGAAAUGAUAUCCAUACAUAUUUCAGCAAAAUACAAAUCCACAAGACAGUGGGAUGCUGAUGGAUAGAAUUCUCACUGCUUUAGAGCCCUUUAAAAAUCAGAUACCAGGUAAUAAUACUAAUUUAAAUAUUUAUGCAUAUUGUCACUGCACUAUUUAAUUGUAAAUAAUACUAGAGGUGAAGUGGUUCAAAUAGUGACUGAUAUUUUAUCAUCCACAUUCACAAUAAGAAAUACAUUUCACAAAAAUCCGAAAACACUUGGAAAUUAUAUCAUAUGAAUUUCAUUUACUAACUUCUGGAUAACAUAAUCUUCUUUAAUUGAUAUAUAGAUCAACACAAUAUAAAUCUUUAUUACAACAACGGUCUCUCUGAUCAAUCUUUUCAAAACAAAUCUCCAUUAUUCAACCUUUUUUUUUUUGAUUGACUAGUUUCUCCCCCAAGUCCCAACACGGUAUAUAUUAUAUAAGAAAUAUUUACCAUAUUACUUAUCUCCCAGUAUUAUUCAUAUCUGUGGCACAUAUCAUAAGUAGAGAUAUAUCAUCAAAGACAGGAUGUUUUCCAUAUCAAAUCAGUUCAGAAUAUUUGUUAACUUCAUAGUUUAGGGACUGUGUCAUUGGCGAAAGACACAGUACUGGCUUUAGAAAAAUGCAAACUCAUGCAAAGAAAAUUAUGAGUUUUAUAGAUAAUUUUUAGUUCAAAUGCAGGUUAUAUUGUUUAUCAUUUUUAAAUAUUAGAUUAACUCUCUUGUAUGGAAUUGAAUGAACUAAUACAAUCUUUAUGAAUCAAACAAAAAGAAAUCUCAACAUUUAUGCAAAUGAGACAUCCUGAUUAGCAUAAUUUAUGCUUGAAUUUUUUUUUCUUUUUCACAAAGAAUAAACAUGCCUUACUUGCAGAAUUUCCUUUAAUUAUUUUUUUUUUUUUGUGGGAACCUAAAUAAAUCCUAAAAUUAUUUGAAUGAGAUUCAGUGUGAAGAAUUGCAUAAAAUAUUCUCCUGGGUAUGCUUAGGCUUUCUGGCAUAUCUCUUUUUAGGAGUCAAUAGGUACAAAAAAAAAUUGCUACAAAAUGACAGAACACUAAGCUAACAAUGGACGCCACGAUUUAAAUUGGCGAGAUCAGAUAGAACUGCGAGAAGCAAUCUGACUAGCUGGUACAAAUUACAAAGACCAGCCAGCCCAUCUCGAGGCUUGUAUUAUUGGUCCAAUGGUUCGGCCUUUUGUCUUUUUUGCCAUUCAACUCUGGGCAGAUUCAGACAAAAUAAAAAGUAAAAUCUCUUUAAAAAUCAGAUUUUUUUUUUUUAGGCCUUGGCAAUUUAAUCAACUCAGUGACUGGAAAUGGCAUGGACCCCAACAUGGGGCCCCGUUUUAUGGGACCCAAUCAGAUGGGGAAUCCACGUCAUGGAUUACUAGGCUCAGCUCCUCCAGGUUUCAACAUGAUGGGUGGUAACAUGAGACCAAACAUGCCUGGUAAGUGUAUUUUGUUAAUCUCAGAGUUCUUUUUUUUUAAGCUCUGAAUUUACACCCUUGGCUAUAAUACUAAAUCUAUUUUUGCGUGUUCAGCUGAUUUUGAUUCUAUACCAAAAUGGCAAUUGUCCCAACAAUUCAUUGGUUGAGGAUUUUUACAUGGAGUUAACCUCCCCUUCAAGAAUAGCCACCUAACUUGGCUAGAGUCCAUUCUACCCAGCUAAUUAGCCAUAAUUAGGGCUGAACCUUGCUAAUUAAAAUAAAAAAUUUGUUUGUCAAGAGGCGGGCAACAUGCCCAUUGCCCCAGGGCUUAAUCAUGGCUUUCUUGUCAUCAUGCAUUGAAUAUGGGUUUCUGAUAAAACAAUUACCUAAUUAUCAUCUGGUUGGAACUCCCAUAGCUUAUGUCUUGAAGUCAGUUACAGUGAAGUAGCUAGAGUUAGUGCCACUGGGACGGGUCAGGAUUUUUUCCGCCCCUUCAAUGAAAAAAAUUCUGCAGUUGGCCCAAAAUGCUGUCCCUCCAUAAUAUAAAGUUAUAAUAAAGUGCUGCCCGGGGUAGACUGCCCCACCUUCCUAAGCCACUUGUUUGUUAUCUAGUUAACAGUUUUUUAAUACAUGUUCUUGAUCCCAUUAAGUGUUAAGUAUUUUAAUCAAUUGAUAGAUCCAAGAAUUGUUUCAAGAGCCAUUUUUAAAUUCUGUUGUCUGUACUGAAAACUAGGAUGCAUGUGGAUAUAUUCAUUCUGACAUUAUUAAAUUAGUCAAGAUUGGUUAGUUUCAUGAUUGAAAAAAAAUUAUUCAGUUAUGAGUAAGAUGUGUUUAUUCUCUUCUACUUCAGCUCCUGGUCCCAUGAUGAACAAUAAUCCAGGUGGAAUGGGUGGCAACUAUUACAUGGGUGGAGGUGGUGGUGGGGGCAUGCGCAUGGGAGGACCUCAUGGCCAGUGGAGGGGUAGAUCCAGACCUUAUGGAAAAAGAGGUAGGUGUUAUAUUUCAAGUAAAGAUAUCACUUUUUGUUCUUUCUCUAAAUGAAAAAUUAAAUUGAUUAUAAUUAACUUUUCUCUACCUUAUACAAUGAAGAAUUAAUUGUCCUCAUGCUUUCCUUACUUUGUCCUUACAGGUGGCCCACGAAAUGUAGUUUGUCAGUUUUAUGUUAAGAAAGGAAAUUGCAAGUAUGGUGACGUUUGUCAAUUUAUUCACCCUGGACCUAAUUCAUAGCAUUGAAUUAGGUAUUAGGUUUUUUAAAAUUAAUUUUGUUCAUGUGCUCAAAAUCUUCAAUGAGGAAAUAGUAAAAGAAAUGAAAAAUUAAAUUUGUUGAUAUCUAUCAAGCCCACAAAGAUAAAGGAAGUUUGGAUGAUGACAUUCCACUUUCAUCCAUUUACGUCUCUACUGAAUUUUGAUAUUUUUUUUUUACAUUGGAGGGAAAAUUAAUGUGUUAAAAAAAGUAUGUCCUCUGAUUCUAAUAUAAUCUUACUCUUUUGCUAAGGGUGGGCAUCUAAAAAAAAAAAAAUUGUAUAAAAUUCAUCAUGGGCAUUACCCUCUUUGCCAAUGUGAAGAAGAGACAAUUAUGUAUAAAAGAAAUAUUUUAUUGUUUUGUCUAAACCAUCCUCAAAACCAUCUGAAAAUACACUUUGAAAGACUUUAAAAAACUAAGUUUUAUUUUCAUUUGUUUUAAGAGGACAGGUUUCUAUUUUAUAUGGUUGAAAUGAGCAAUAAUUAUAAAUUAUUGGAUGAAUAGUUAGCAUGUUGCUUGUCCUGGUAGACAAGAUAUUGCUUGGGUGUCUGCAUGAGUGUUCUAAUAAAAAAAUAUAUGAUUUUUACUUAAUACUAUCAGUUUGAAAUGGGAUGAAUCAUAAUUUUCCUGUGUACCGUACUUGAAAAUAGAGAUACUGUAAAAAGUUAAAUUAUCAUUUAUGCCAAAUGAGAAAUGUAAAUAUAAUGCAACUUAGAAAUGUCUUUGACUGCAACAUUGCACCUCAUAUCUGAACUGUUUGACUGUUACACUUACUUUUGAUACCAAUAAGGUAUUUGGCUUGUACAGGUUCUAUGAGAUAUAUAUACACCAUGUCAUUAUUUCAAAUCAUCAUUAAUAGAAAAUAAUUAACAGGUGUAUUAGUAAAUCGCUUGCUCCUUUCAUUUCAAAGUGUAUGAAGAUGCAGGUAUUCAUUAUUGGAGCUAAGGAUUGUAUUUCAUUUGAUGAUUUGGUCUAGCUGAAUAUAUUCAUAAAGAGUGUGAAUGACUUUGAAUGUAUAGUGCCAAAUCUUUAUGUAGAUAAUGUACAGAAUGUUGCAAGUCAGCAGUUCUUUAUCAAAUUAAUGUUGCUGUAAAUAAAUUCUUCAGUGCAAAGACAUUAAAUAUUGAAAACUUAAGUUUGACAAA